AUGUCAGAAUUACAGUUGCCUCCAGGAUUCCGAUUCCACCCUACGGACGAAGAGCUCGUCAUGCACUAUCUCUGCCGCAAAUGUGCCUCGCAGUCAAUCGCCGUCCCAAUCAUCGCUGAGAUCGAUCUCUACAAAUUCGAUCCGUGGGAGCUUCCCGGUUUGGCCUUAUAUGGUGAGAAAGAAUGGUAUUUCUUUUCUCCCAGAGACAGAAAAUAUCCCAACGGUUCGCGGCCAAACCGCUCAGCUGGAUCUGGUUACUGGAAAGCGACGGGAGCUGAUAAACCGAUCGGAGUUCCUAAACCGGUCGGGAUUAAGAAAGCCCUGGUUUUCUACGCCGGGAAAGCGCCAAAAGGAGAGAAAACCAAUUGGAUUAUGCACGAGUACCGUCUCGCCGACGUUGACCGCUCGGUUCGCAAGAAGAAGAACAGCCUCAGGCUGGAUGAUUGGGUUCUUUGUCGGAUUUACAACAAAAAAGGAGCUAUCGAGAGGCGAGGACCGCCACCUCCAGUUUACGGAGGAAUCGCCGAUGAAGUGGAGGAGGAGAAGCCGAGGGUGACGGAGAUGGGUAUGCCUCCGCCACCGCAACAGACGGCGACGGCCAAUGAUUUCGUGUAUUUUGACACGUCGGAUUCGGUGCCGAAGCUGCAUACGACGGAGUCGAGUUGCUCGGAGCAUGUGGUGUCGCCGGAGUUCACGAGUGAGGUUCAGAGCGAGCCCAAGUGGAAGGAUUGGUCGGCUGACAAAAACAAUACCCUGAAUUUUGGGUACAAUUACAUAGAUGCCACUGUUGAUAACGCGUUUGGAGGAGAGAGUAAUCAGCUGUUUCCGCUACAGGAUAUGUUCAUGUACAUGCAGAAACCGUAUUAG